ACAUUGAAUAUUUCGAUUCUUCUAUCUCCACACUUGUGGGAUAGGGGGGCGUCCUGCCCGGAUAAGUGCUCAGUUAGCCCGUCAACCAUAUCCGACACCCUCCAUCCCAAAUCAUCAACUCUGUCGAAUAAUCCUACGGGGUUGUUCACCCAGGUCUUAAUAGAAUGUCAGGCGAUCGUUCGACUUCUCCCAUCUCUGUUCCUCCACCAUCGCGACAACGUCGAGCUUCCUUGGCGUCAGGCCUUGGCUUGGCUGAUUAUCUGACGAAACCCGGGAAUCAGGGGACCACCUCAAGCGUUCCAACGGGUCCAAUGGCUAGUGCCGUAGCCAACGCACAGUCGCACCAUGGGCGACGGCUAUCCAUUACCACGCUAGGUCUUUCAGGCUCACCAACCCAGACUUCACCGUUUGGGGGAAGAAACUUGCGGCAUGGUAGUGUGUCCAGCUCUGUGGGAUCCAACCCCGCGAGCCUCGAGGACGCGGUCAUAGAGGAUAAUGAGAAUGGCCCUCCUAGCGUCACACCGAGCUCUCCGUUCGCACGAAGGGUUUCCUUUGGCGCACAAGCAUUGCGAGAUGUCCGCGGAGGAAGCACAGGCAAUGGUAGAUAUCCCUCUCCCAAGUCACCCGUGGCUGGAGGGCGCUCAAAUGCGUCACUAGUCAGCAGCACUUCUGUCAAUACCACCGCUGGUUCAAUAGCUGCAAGUACACAUAAAGUGAUUUCUAAGAACGAUAGAUCUAACCAGUCUUGGCGACCACUAGGCGAAGGCUUCAAUUGGUCCGAAGCUCUUCGGACUCGUGCCGAGCGUGCCCCAUCGAUUGGAAGCAAUUCCUUAAAUGCACCUCACGGACAGCAUACAACAAACACGGUUCAGUCUGGGCAGCAUCAGCGGGCGGCCUCCAUUGCUUCAAUGGAACAACCAGCCCGGGAGAUGCCCAAGCAACCCCGGCAAAAUAAGCCGGACUUCUUUCAGGAGAAAAUACUCCGUGGAGACUUCAUGGACUAGGAACGCGUACUAGUGUUUUCUACCUCUUCGUUCCUGUCUAGCACUUCAUCUCCUCUCACCAAGGGUGAGGAUCAAUGACUGAAAUGAACGAGAGACGGACGAGGGAAGAAUCUAAGACAGAAAUGGACAUGAGAAAGAAACUACUGCAUUCAAUCACUGUGGUACUUUCGAUUCUGCAUUUGCAAGGCGUUAUGAUCGACUAUUCAGUCAGCUGGCUGCCCUUCUCAUGAUACAUCCAUCCGGGUUAUCUACGGAACGAAAGAUAUCGAAGUCGAUGUCGCAGU